AUGCCGGCGAGAACGCGGUCCGCGGAUCAUCAGCACGACAUCUACGUCCGGUCAUCGAACCGGUUGAUCCUAUGCUUCGACGGAACGGGAAAUGUGUUCCAGGGCACACCCGGCGAUACAAACAUCAUCAAGCUCUACAACAUGUUUGAUCGAACGAAUGUGUGCCAGAUGCACUAUUAUCAGCCUGGCAUCGGCACCUACCCGGCCGAGGGACCGAUCAACGUGAGCUGGCUCCGGAGCCUGAUGCGCAAACUCGAAGCGGUGAUCGAUUCGGCUCUGGCAACGAGCUUCGACUCUCAUGUAGUUGCGGGCUAUAGAUUUAUCAUGCGUCACUAUCGGCCCGGUGACCGAAUCUACAUCUUCGGCUUCUCGCGCGGUGCCUUCACUGCCCGCUUUCUCUCGCGUAUGAUUUCGCAUGUGGGGCUUUUGUCCGUAGGCAACGAAGAGCUGGUUCCGUUUGCAUACCAGGUAUAUCAAAAAUAUGAGCAGAAUCGUGGUGGAACAGCUGCGCAGCAAGAAGAGCAUGUAAAGUUUAUGAACUCCUUCAAAAGGCACUUCUGCCGUACUGAGGUCGAGGCCGCUCGGAAAGCCCACGAGGAUAUUUCGGAAAACGAGAGCGGUAUCAAAGUCCAUUUUCUUGGCCUAUUUGAUUGCGUCAGUUCGGUUGGUAACCUCGACAUUCCUUUCUUUCAAAAGACACCACCCUUGCCAGCAGUUCGCGGCACAGCCAAGCACGUGCGGCAUGCGGUCGCCAUUGAUGAGCGCCGCGUGAAGUUCAAGGCUGCGCUCUUCUCGCAGGAGCAACACGAGGCGCCGGAAGACAUCAAGGAGGUGUGGUUUCCGGGAAACCACGGCGAUGUUGGUGGCGGCUGGAAUGUGGCGGACAGGGAAGAUGGAAGCGCGCAUGAGAAUAACGACAAUGACUACUUUCAGCUCAGCGACAUUGCUCUGAAAUGGAUGAUGGAUGAGGUUGACGAUGUGGAGGCGAGCCGCGUGGAGGAGCCCACCGACCGCCUUGCGUGGGAUUCAGAGGAGAAGGCCAACUUCCUCCGGCGAUUCCAGCAGAAUAAGGACGAGAUGAUCUCUGCUCGAAUGCACGACACUUUGACGUGGAACGGGGGCUCCACCAACAAGCUCAAGGUUAUGCUGUGGAAUUUCAUAGAACAUCUGCCGUUCGUGAUUAAACGCUGGGAAUAUGUCGAAUCCCCUCCCAAGUCAGGGUCCUACAUAUGGGACUACAUCGGCUGGCCACCCAACCGUGGUGAGCGCCGUGACAUCCCCUCUACCGCGCUCUUUCAUCAUUCGGUGAUCAGCCGAAUGCGCCUCUCACCGGAUCCUAAUAAUUAUCGUCCGAAGCACUAUGUGCCUACGAAUUCACUGUGGGUCCAUGCCGGCGGUGCCCAUCUCGCCGAACCAACUAACACAGGUACGGCGGCCCGCGAUGCCUCGGACCAAAUCAAAGUGGUCGAGAGAAACUUGAGCGAACUGGCGAACCAGUAUAGGCUAGAGGACGGUGCCGACCGUGACUAUGGGGCGCAGCCACUGGUCAAGAAGCCCCGCAUCUAUUUUGAGCAUGCCGAGGAACUUACUAGGGGCUCGGUCGCUAUCGAGGGGAAGAUGGUGGUCACUGGAGCGGAGAAAUGGGACCGCAUCUAUCGUGUGGCUAUGGAGGUCAAUUGA